AUGUUUUAUGUGUUUCUAACCUCUUAUUCUAAUGAUUUUUCAUGUGGUACACCUCAUCGAAUAGAAUCAUUAGAAGGUGGAUAUUUAUUUGAAAAAGAAAUUUUUGGCACAAUUAAAUAUAAUUUCUGGUAUGAUGAUAAUUGUUGUCAAUUAAUGUUUGAUGAAAAUACAUGGUUACUAUCAACAAAUAAUUGUUUAUUUACAAACGAUAUAUUAACAAAAUUAGAUAAUAUGUCUAAAGCAAAUAGAAAAUUUCUUAGAAAUAUUCCAGAUAUACAAUAUUCUGGAAUUGAAUAUGGUGUUAAUACGCAACCUGCAUAUGAAUAA